AUGGCUGAUACUCACCCCAGCACUGGAGCCGACAGAGGUGACCGAAGACGUCACUCCUCCACCGGAAGAUGUGCCGGAAACGACGUUACCGCUGGCGGAUCCCGUGGCCGCUCCUCCGAAAAGUCCUCCAGACUGGUUACUAACUGCUCCCGUAUUGCUACUGGUAGAGGUGGCUCCUCCAAAGCCACCAAGUCCGCCACCCAAAACUCCUCCAAAUCCUCCUGCUCCUCCUCCAAAUCCUCCUGCAGCUCCUCCGUGUCCUCCAGCGAAUCCACCCCCAGCCCCUCCAACACCUCCAAAUCCUCCAGCCCCUACCUGACCACCAUGAGCUCCUCCCCCAAAGCCUCCUGCUCCUCCAAGUCCAGUGGUUUGGCUGGAGACAGCGUUACUGGAGGCGAACCCAGUGGUGGGGCGCUGCCCCACAAACCCACCGGGGUGGACUCCACCAGACCUGCCGCCGUGAGUCACGCCGGUGCCGAGACCUCCACCAAGACCUGCUCCUCCUCCAUGGCUGAAACCACCGCCUCCGCCACCUCCGCCGCCUCCGCUGAGGCCACUUCCUCCGGAUCCUGAGCCGAAACCAAAACCUCCACCGCCUCCGCUUCCAGUUCCGCCUCCGCCUCCGCCCCCGCCUCCUCCGCCUCCGAAACCACCGCCGCCGCCGCCGCCGCCGCCGCCUCCGCCGCCUCCGCCGCCGCUCGAGCCUCCGUAACCCGGCUGAACGAGGCGCCGACCGGCACUGACCAGCGCGGCCACACUCAGAAGGAUGACGAGCUUCCUCAUGGUGGUCUGGAUUCUGGAAGAGUCAUGUGCCCUGAGUCA